GCGUCACCGUCACCGUCUCCACUGCCACCGCGCGCUCCGCAGCCCCGCCAUGCCCAACAUCGUGCUCUUCAGCGGCUCUUCGCACCAAGACCUGUCCCAGCGCGUGGCCGACCGGCUGGGCCUGGAGCUGGGCAAGGUGGUCACCAAGAAGUUCAGCAACCAGGAGACCAGCGUGGAGAUUGGAGAGAGCGUGAGAGGGGAAGAUGUCUAUAUCAUUCAGAGCGGCUGUGGGGAGAUCAACGACAACCUGAUGGAAUUGCUCAUCAUGAUCAAUGCCUGCAAAAUUGCCUCGGCAUCCAGGGUGACAGCCGUGAUCCCGUGCUUCCCAUAUGCCCGCCAAGACAAGAAGGACAAGAGCCGGGCUCCGAUUUCUGCGAAACUUGUGGCCAAUAUGCUGUCGGUGGCCGGGGCGGAUCACAUCAUCACCAUGGACCUGCAUGCCUCUCAGAUCCAGGGCUUCUUUGACAUCCCCGUGGAUAACCUAUACGCAGAGCCAGCGGUCCUGCAAUGGAUCCGGGAGAACAUCGCCGAGUGGAGGAACUGCAUCAUCGUCUCCCCGGACGCGGGCGGUGCCAAAAGGGUGACAUCGAUUGCAGACAGGUUGAAUGUGGAAUUUGCCUUGAUUCACAAAGAGAGGAAGAAGGCAAAUGAGGUGGACCGGAUGGUUCUGGUGGGUGACGUCAAAGAUCGUGUGGCCAUCCUGGUGGACGACAUGGCCGACACUUGUGGCACAAUCUGCCACGCUGCAGACAAGUUACUCUCAGCUGGAGCUACCAAAGUCUAUGCUAUCCUGACCCAUGGGAUCUUCUCUGGACCAGCCAUUUCCAGAAUAAAUAAUGCUGCCUUUGAGGCUGUGGUCGUCACAAACACAAUUCCGCAAGAGGACAAAAUGAGACACUGCUCCAAGAUUCAGGUUAUCGAUAUUUCCAUGAUCUUGGCUGAGGCCAUUCGAAGAACGCACAACGGUGAAUCUGUGUCUUACCUGUUCAGCCAUGUGCCCUUAUAA